GCUCUCCACCCUCAGCCUCACUCUGAGAGACACUAAGAAACUGAGGAGACACUGAGAGACAGAGAAAGACACUGAGACAGGGACCCACUGAGACAGAGAGCCGAGAGAGUCACGACCUCACCGCGCAGAGAGCUCACGCACUCUUGAACCGCUCCUCUGUGUGUCUUUGCGCUCUGACACCCCCCAACAUACUCAGACACUGUCUUCUCUUUCCAACGCACGCUCCCACGCGCGUGCUCUGUGAGGAUGGAUGUAAACCUGUCGCUCGCGGGGCAGUAUGCGCAGCUCUUGAACGGGUCCUCGUGUGCCAACGGUAGCGCCGGUUGGGAAGAGGAGGAGGACCUGGAGGUGAACACGGACGUGUACUCGCGCGUGGUGGUGACGGUGGUCUACGUGUUUCUGUUCGCCGUGGGCUCAGUGGGGAACUCCAUCACGCUGUUCACGCUGCUGAGCAGGAAGACCCUGCAGAACCUGCAGAGCACAGUGCACUACCACCUGGCCAGCCUGGCGGUGUCCGACUUGUUGAUCCUGGUGCUGUCCAUGCCCAUCGAGCUCUACAACUUCAUCUGGUUCCAUCACCCCUGGCUGUUCGGGGACACGGUCUGCCGCGGCUACUACUUCCUGCGGGACAGCUGCUCUUACGCCACAGCGCUCAACAUCGCGAGCCUGAGCGUGGAGCGCUACCUGGCCAUCUGCCACCCUUUCAAAGCCAAGAGCAUCAUGUCACGCAGCCGCACUAAGAAGCUCAUCAGCGCUAUGUGGCUCGCGUCCUUCGCGCUGGCCACGCCUAUGCUCUUCAUUAUGGGCCAGGUGAGGCGGAGAGGUGAGGACAUCUGCACCGCCACCGUCAACACGGGAACCGUCAAGGCCGUGCUACAGGUGGGUGAGCGAGAGAGAGCCUGUGUGUAUGUGUGUGUGUGAAAUGUGAAGAUCUACUGGAAAAAAAAGAAAAGAAAAAAACUUUUAAAAACUUUAAAAUCAGUUUUAGAAUAUCUUGAUUUUGAUUGGUGGAUUUUGAAACAUCACGGAAAUAAUAAAAUAACCCAGACAGGUGAUACAGGUGUGAACAGGUGUGAUUCAACACCUGUGUUUGUCCACGAAAAAACAGGCGUGGACAUAGCUUUUGUGAUUUUUUUCAUAAUUUCAGCUGCUAGCCAUAAAUCUUUGUGCACUUUGACUCACGUAAGUUUUUCUAUUGGUGCUUAAAAAGUGAACCAGAGAACUUAAGGAGUAAAAAGGAUAUUAUUGUAGUAAUAAUAAUAUUAGUAUUGUUAGUAGUAUUGUUGUUGUUUUUAUUAUUGCAAUUUUAUUAAUAAUGUUAUUAUUAUCGUAAUAAUUCAAAAAAAUAUGUUUUUGUUCAAACACUUAACUAUAAUCUAGUUAAUACUAUAAAUACAUUUAAAAAAUCAUAGUAAACAGGUGUUUCAAAUACUUCAGCAGAGGUGGAACAAACACAGUCAGAUGGAUUUCUGGUGUCAAUCAUUAAAGUUUAUGUUAAAAAAUUGCCAAAACAAAAAGAGAUCAGGUGAAAUGAUAGGGAGCUGGAGUCAGCAAAGAUACAUUAUAAAUGUGUGUGAUAUUGCCUCAUUUACAGCAUGUCACUCUGCAGUACUCUGCCCAGUUACACAGUUUUUGGCUGUAGCCCUUUAAUGCCCACCACCACAAAUUAUGGCCAGAAAAUUCUAAUUUUUUGGAGCUGAAAUAUUUAUUUCACUCACUACUGAAAACCCCAAAAAUCAAAAUUUCCUUAAAAUUAAACAAAUCUAUUUUUAUUUAUCUCAUUUGAUACAUUCGGUGUUUUCAGAAACUAAUAAACUCUAAGAGGACAUUUUUAUCAUUUAUCAGACUGUGUUCAGGUGUUUUUUUAAGUAAUUUGUUGCUCAUAUUGAUUUGAUAGAAGUAUAUAAAAGUAUGUAUUAAAUAUGAUACAAAGGGCAUUUAAGGGUGAAGGAUGUUGAUUCCUUCGGUCGAGUCUUUGCUUGCGUUGUAUUUUCUCUCAAACAUACAUCACUUUGAGGAAAAAGGGUCUGGUAAGAGGUACUGUAACAUUGUGUUACUGCAGAAACAUAAUGUGUGUGUAUAUGUGAUUGCAGAAGUAUUUGAAAUGUGUGUGUGUGAUUGCAGAAGUAUUUUCCCAGCAGCCUCUGGGCCUAUAGAAACUCAGAGAAUCAGUCUGAUGUAUUUAUUGUUCUGCUCUUUACAUCGAGUGGAAAAAAUAACACACAGAGUCUGGGGACGACAUGACGUCGGCUGAAAGGGCAACCAUGAAAACUGCUCCCAUAACAUCUGAAGUGUGUGUGUGUGUGUAUGUGUAUAUAUAUAUAUAUGUAAUGAGUCUCUUGCUGCUGUGGAGGAACACUCUGCCUGUUUGGACAGCAUGACUCAAUGUGAGGGGGGGAGCAGUGAUGGAGGAGGGAGGAGGUCAGGUCCAGGAGGAGCACACAGCGCCCCCUGAAGGGUGCACUACACACGAAUGACACAAUACAACACAUACAUGCCGAAAUAAUGUUGCUGAACAAAGGAACAGAUUGAUGAAUGAAUCCAUGAAUAUGAUGAAUGGAUCGCUGGAUAAAUGCAUUAGUACUCCAGAGCCUGAAUUUCUCGAGUGUGUAAGUGUGACUGAUGAAGAUGAUGGGGAGGAGGAUUUUUCUGCCUUGUUUGACAGACUAAGAAGCUCUGUCCUGUACUUCAAUGUCACCUGCUGCACAUUGUGAGUUUUUGUGAUUUGUUACUGUGAGGAUGCUCUUACACUCAGCCCAUGUUAAAAUACACCCCCCUGUCCCCCGCUGUCCUGCACUCUCUCUACUGCCGACUGAAACAGGUGUGAGUACGAGCUCCUUUGUUAUCAGUGUUGUGCUAGUUACUAAAAAAUAGUAACUAGUUACAGUUACUUUGUAAAAAUAGUAACUCAGUUAGUAACUCAGUUAUUGAAACCAAAAAGUAAUGUGUUACUGAGAAAGUCAUUAUUCAGUUACUGUUUAACAUUCUUCCAAUGCUCCUAAUACAUAAAGAUGGAUCGACUGAGUUCCCCCUCUAGCUGUCUUUUCAGUUUCGUACUGAUGCUGAAUGAACAAACUGUUGAUUAAAACAACUGUUUCAAUUCAUUUGCAUCCACAUCACUGAAUCUAAUCAUCCACGCAAUAUGAUCUGUUGCGCACUAGUGUUGUGUCGUUCAUGAACGAUUCGUUCAAAAGAACCGAAUCUUUUAGGUAAACGUACUGAACCAAAUCCCUUCCUCGAGUGAUUGAAGUGAAGUGAGAAACAGCAUUGCCAGUCGAGCAGCCAGAGAAGAGGGACCACAUGCACCAACACCUGAAUCACUUGGUGAACGACUCCCGCAUUGAACUACACUUUCCGGAAUCAUUUCUGUCAGACAAAACUGUUAAUUUAUUUAUUUAUUUUAACUGCUAAAUUACCACCACAACAACUUGCAUACAAUAGGACACAGCAUGUAACAAGUAGUGCAUUAAAUCUGCAGCAUCCUAUCAUUACAGCAGUUUGCGAGGGAGCGGUGCAUGUUCAGUUUGAAUUCUUUUAAACGUUCAGUGAACGAAUCACUCACUGAGCCCAAUUUACCAAGCAGACCUGAUAAAUAGCACACCAUAGGACAGUAAACUUAAAACAUCAUGACUUAGAAACAAGUUCAUUUUUACAAAUCUGUUUGCCACAGCAACACAACCAAACACUCUCGUCUCCCGGUCCCAGAAGCUAUGAAUUGAACUGAAUCCUGAAACAUUCAGCUGGAUCAGUUCAGAAGGUCGGAGUCACAGGCUUCACCCGCCAAGCGCUACACGAUUCAGGGUGAUUUGGUGAACGAAUCUUUUUAGUGAACUGAUUCUAGUGAUUCAGUACAUCUAAAAGAACUGCCGUGCCCAUCACUAUUGUGCAACAACACAAACCUUGACCCCGACACCAAAAUUUUACCAUUGGACUCUUGGAGUAAUAGUCUGAUAGUGCUAAAAGAGAUCCAAAUAAACAAUUAGACAUACCGUGCUAUUGUUUUAUCAAGUUGUGCCUGGCUAUGGGUCCGUCUUUUGAACUCCAACUGCUGCUGCUUGGGUGGAGUGGGUGUGUGCUCGCUGCUGUGACUCUUGGUCGCAGAUGCUGCGUUACCUUAGCCACUAACUUUGUCAAAGCAUGUCGCCUCUCUAGGUGCUUCAGUAGAUUGCCGUUGCUGUUGUUUAACGAAGGAAGGAUUUUUGACCCGGGACACAGUUUAGACGUUACCGAAAUGUUGUUUUUCCCUUUGCUCUUGACCUGAAAUAUAAUGUAUUUUCAUGAGAAGAAACUUAUCUUCCCCUUCUCGCUCGCCAUCAUGCCGUUCCCUGACCUGUCCAGUCCUCUUCAUGGCGCAUGUUUGAUUACGUGUGUGACGCCAGAGGGUGACAAGUGCUUUGUUUUUCCAAUUCAGUUACCCUUUAUUGAUCACCAAAAUGUCAUGGGAACCGUGUGCCGUUGUAAAACCUCACCAAAAGGAAAGGAGUAACCCAGCAUUUGGUAACGGAAACUGAGUUACUGACUUUAAAAAAAACGCAUUACAUUUGUAGUUACUGAAUAAAGUAACGGCAUUACAUAACGACGUCACUAACAAUGCAUUACUACCCAACACUGUUUGUUAUGCAAUGCUUUCUUUCAUCAUAUAAUGUACUUGUUUUACAAGAAGUGCUGUGCAGCAGUCAGCACCACAGAGACAUGAUGGGAACAUGACUGACUCAGUGGCAGAGGACACAUGUUUUCAGUGUUGUGCCAACAUUCCUUUCCAUCUGUAGCAGAUGUCCAUCAGUCAGCAGAGCCCUCCUCUUCCUCCUCUAACUCAGUAUGUGUAGAUCUCUCUGAGUCCUCACCAGCUUGUGAGAGACUGUGAUACUGAUCCAUGCCACCCUUGUGCACUGAUUAAUGAGUCUCACUCAUUUCAGUGUAAAUGUCUACAACCUUCUUACUAAUACAGGUGUCCCCUUCUCCUCAUGUUCUUUCAACUUCAACAGAUAAGUGAUGUUUUGCUGUUUUUUUGGGGGGGCGAGGUUAAAAAGCCUAGCAGUAUUCAGAUCAAUAAUAUUUCUAGGAUACCUUCAUAUUUGCGUGAAUCUCUGUGUUUUUUACCUGAACCUGCAUGCUUCAUGUGUUUCCCUGUGCUUUUACAUAGAUUUCAACUCAUUUGUACUUUAAUGUUUCACUUUUACUUCUGUGUUUUUACUUGUAUCUCUGUUUGUUCUACGACCCUGUGUUUGCACACGUUUUUUAUGUGUUGUGACUUGUACCUUUUUGUUUCUUACAAACACAUCUUUGUGUUAAUUAUCUGUUCUAGCUUGUUGAUUCACAUGUAUUGUUACGUUUUCAUGUGUCACUAUUGUUUUUCCAAUUUCCUGUUAUCACUUGAUGGUUUAUUAUAUUUAUUUGUUUUAAUUUGUUCUCUGUUUUCACAUGUGGUCUUUUCAGUUAUCCAUGUUUUCAGAUAUGACUCUUUGAACCUCUAUCUCUAUUUUAUGUGUUUGUUUUGACGUGUUUGGAUGCAUGUAAAGCCUGUUUUCACAAGUUUUUAUGUUUUCAUGUGACUGUGUUUUUUUUUACUAGUCCAUUUUUUCACAUUUAUCAGUGUUUACUCGCGUCUGUUUUCAGAUGUUUUUUCCUCACAUUGAUAUUUAUAGACCUGUCUGUGUUUAAAUAUAUCCUUUUCUUUUAACAUUUAUCUGUGUUGUUUCACAUGUAAUUCUGUUUUUGCACAAGCCUGUGCUUUCACGUGUCUGAUUUUCUAAUGAGCCUGGAUUCACAUUUAACAAACGUGUCUGUUUUGCACAUUUAUCUGUGCUUUCACAUAUGUCUGUGUUUUGAAAUGAGUCUGUUUUGUUCCAUCUUUUUUUUUUAUCAUUUAUUUGAUUUGGAGUUUAUCUCAAUGCCUCCUUAUUUAUUACUCAUUUUUUGUCGUCACAUGCAUCUCAAUGAUUUCACAUUUUUCAUUCUGCUUUCACAUAUCUGUCUUUGCUGAUUUUUGCAGGUAAUUUUACUCUGUGUUGAUGUAUUUUUGCUUUCUUCACAGUCAUCUGUACAUUCAGAGCUCUGUGCAGAUUCUUAAAAAGAGUCUGUUUUCUACCGAGUGCUCUGACAUGAAGAUGGGUUAGUUUGAAACAAAGUGACUGAUGUAUUUUUAGAUUUUAACUUUAAGGGCUCAGACAUCUAAAACAAACAAAAUCAUUCAUCACUAACUACUGAACUUAAAUAUUCUGUCUGCCUAAAAUAAACAGGUCAGAGUUUAAACUAACAGGUCUGUUCCUGUAAGACUAGUUGUUAUCUGAUGAAACUGAGUCUGUCUGAUCUCUCUGUUAAACAGCCGUGUAAUGUCUGUCUGGGUUUAUUUUAAACAUACAGACCUUUAAGUUUACAUCCAACCACUGAGAGCUGGUGCAUUUUUUUUUUUUACAGGGGGCGCUGUAACCAAAUCCAAAAUGAACAUGUGAUUUACUGCUCCUAUCAUAUUACCCUCAUUCUCUUAAAAGUCUUUACAUUUAAAACACUCAAACAGAAGUUGGUAUUUGAUUACAAAUUUUGAUUGCAAAUUUUUACACCACUACCAUUUAUUAUAUCGGUCUGCACGUUCUACAUAUAUAUAUAUUUAUAUAUAUAUAUAUAUAUGUAUUUGCACAUAUAUCUGCAUUGACAUUUCAUUCUGUAUACACCUGCUGCAUACUGAAUGAGCAGAAAAGUCUGUCUCUCCAAAUUUAUUCAGAAAUUCUUGUCCACAUUGCCGGAGGACAUAAAUGUGCUCCAUCUGAAGGUAUUACUCACUCAGUAAAUCACACUGAUGAGAUUCAGCACUAAAAAUGACCUAAAAGUUUCUCAGCUCCGUGUCAUCAAUCAGAGCAGAUCUUUGUGGAAAUAUACUUGAGUUUAGAUUUAAAAACAGGAAAGAGCUGAAGAUUAAGACCGCCCAAAAGUCAGUUUAGUAGUUGCAGUAGUACUAAUAAUGAUAAUUAUAAUUUGGUAAAUAUUAAAUAAAAAUAACAUGCAGUACUAAAUGAAGUGUGUGUGUAAGUGUGUUUGUCCUCUGCAUAAACUGUGUGGCUGUAUAAAUAUUUGGAUGUGGAUGUGUUGUGGAGAGACUGAUCUGCUGUGAGAUUAAAGCCAUGGAGCCGAGAGAUGAAGAGCAGACGUACACACACACACACACAGAGGGAGAGAUCUAAAAAGUGUUAUUGGUGUCAUGAAAACACUUUUAAUCGAUCAUUAAGAGGGCCGUGAAACAGUCUGUUGUUUGGUUGCCAUGGAAACCAAAGAUUUAAAACCACUCUGUGACCUCAAACAGCAGAAUAUACCUAUGUCAUCGGAAUAUAAUAUUCAAUGUGUUUAUAUGGACUUGAGUUUCCCAGCUUUGAUCCUUAUCCUGGUUUUGAUCAUAUUCAGGAUAUGAUGUUAACAUGCAGACAGAGAAGUUUCUCAUAAUCACGAGGACAUGACCAAUGCUAAUAUCCCGCCUACUGCAUCGUAUUUGCCAAGGUGCCUGCGUGUGCUUUUGUACUUUUAUGAGCUCACUUUCCAACCUGUGGCUUAUUGCAGGUUUAGCAGCUAGCCAUAGAAAUGUACUAUAACAGACGAAGGGAGAGAAAGCCCUCCUUACGGCAGACUGUCACAGACUGAGGGGAUGUCAGGGAAAAAGGCUUUGAUUGAUUAGCCAAUCUGAAGCCUGAUUUUCCUGGUGUUGAAGUUGUUAUAGCUAUAGCUAAAAUGACGACAGAGCAGACUGGAGCCUCUCAUCACAGAGAACAGACUAAAAGAUCCGGUCAUUUACACACAGAUCGACUUUAUAUCUCAUGAUGGUGCGGCAUUACUUAACUCUGUGGGUUGUUCUCCUCUCCUAGUUUUCCUACAGCAUGUUGGGGCAUUGAUCACAUAUUAGGCUAGAUCCGGAUGUCCACUGAAACAGCUACAGUUUUCCCUACAGAUCACACUGUUUAUGCAGAGAGUGACAGGAAGUAGUAUACAGAUGGAUUAGAGUUAUGCCUGCUUGUCACAUGAACAUGAAACUGUAAAACUUAAUAUUGCAGCUGUUUUUACACAUCUGUCCUCCACAACUCGAGAUCUACACCCACAGAUAAUGCAGUGUUUUUUGCUUAAUAUCACAUCUAGAGAGACAUGCGGAUCACUGCUCCUAAAAGUGUUAUUAUCUAUAAAUAUUUAGGUGGGAUUCUUGUGGAAAUAGUGUUGGCUAUUGCUACACAAAUACAGAGCAGUUUGUGUCGUUCAUGGUUUAUGAAGUAUGAAGAAAAUAAAGUCACACAGUGAGACAAACAGAGUCUACAGCUGCUCUGAGAUCAGUGUGACUCACCAACUGAAGGAGGAAAUCCAUUUAGGUUGAGAGUUGAACAAGUCGGCAGCAGGGCCAGUAAUUCAUUCUGCGUGUGUGUGUUUGUGUGUGUGUUUGUGUGUGUGUGUGUGUGUGUGUAUUUGGCUACAGCAGUAAUUGAAAGUGUUCUUGGACACACAGAGAGAAACAACAGAGGUUAUAUAACGAUGGAGAGGUUGUAUAGAAAUGUUCAGGUUGUAAAAACUGAGUUGUCUGUGUGUGUGUGUGUGUGUGUGUGUGUGUGUGUGUGUGUCCUUCAGAUUGUUAAACCGCACAGACUCAUGUAUGGGUGUAACACAGCAGUGACUCUGGUUAACUUUUGCAUGUUUUUUAAUGAACUUCAGGCUUUUAAUGUUUGCUGGAUUAGCAGACAAAUAGAAACACACGCCACACUUCUCAGAAGGUUUUAAUUUUGUCAUUAGGAAAAAAGAGCGACACAAGGUCACAAAUCAAUACCACACAGACCUCUUAAUAAUGAAGUAAACCCCAGAAGGCUGAACAAGAACCAAACACACUUAAAGAUCUUACUCCAACACCUGUCUAGCUCUGUGGCAUGCAGUAACAUCCCGUCCAGCUAGUUCUCCUGUCGGGCUCUUUUAAUCCAGAAGACUGGAUCUGUUUGUCUUUGGAGACAGCAGAAAAGCCUGGCUUUAUAAUAUCAAAUUUAGGGUAAAGACUUUCUGUAUUUCUUUAUAUUUGGAGCAACAAGUGAGAAAUGAAUUUCUGUGUGCACCUGUUCCUCAGACAGCCCAGACUCUCCGAGUCCUCUCUAACCUCUCUCUCUCUGAUUUUCACCAGUUUCUACAGACACUUUUUGCUCUCUGAGUCUGUAUUCAGUCAGGGUCAGUCUUCUUAUUGGUUCUUUUAUCACAGUGAAAUACUGAGACCAUUGAAAUUGUCCGCUCAGUAAAUUAUAGCUCUCUAAUUUAUGGAUUUGUUGUAUCUCUAAUUGAUUUGCAUAUUUCUGGUUAUUGUCUUUUUCUAUCACCUGUGAAUUUGAGAGUAUUUCCAUAGCAACCAUUUCUGGGGACUCUUCGGACUUCUGUACUAAACUCCAGAUGUAGUUUUUCCUCUGGGUUUGGGUCACGGUGCUUCUCAUGCUAACUGGGUCCCAAACUUCACUGCCAUAUAAAAAGAUUGGCUUAAUAACACUUUUGAAAAUCUUGAGCCAAAUCUGUAUUGGGGGGGUUGAACUUAGAAAGGGAGUUUCUUAUACUGUUUUUUCUAGAUUCACUGUAGAUAUGUGUGAUAUUCAAAAGGUGGACAGUCCUUGUUCUAAUGGUGAAAGUAGGAAAAAGCCAUUGGCACAAAAGAGACACUUAACACCUUUACAGUCGAUGGUCAAUGUAGAUGUUAAAAAGUGUUGGUGACAGAUUGCAGCCCUGAUAGACUCCAUGACAUUGUUCAAAAACGUCUGCUCCUUUUUGUCCAAUUUUGACUGCAUAUUAGUAUUUAAAUUGUAUCAAGUCAUAGACUUCUCCUCCAAAACCGUAAUGAGAGCUGGUAUAACAGACUGUUAUGUCUCAGUUUCUCCCGGUCUCUAAUUGAAGACUUUACUCUGCAGGUGUGUUACAAGUUUUUUCACCUUUCCCCUGGAUUUUCCACCUGACAGCCUCAGAAUGUGAAACACAUAUUUCUAAUCAGAGUAAGUCAGCAAUCUUUUUUUUUUUUUUUUUUGUCUGUCAGUCUGAUUUCUGCUUAUUAACUUGGCAACUUUAGACUCACCUCUUUGCUCUGUGUUCAACCCUCACCCCUCAGCAGGUGGGGGGACAAAGAGAGAGAGAGAAAGAGAGCGAGAAGCUUUCUUACAGAGAUUUCUGUCUGAUUUCUGUCAGACAGUUCUCAGCUGUGGAAGGAAAACACCAAAAACAGGCAUUUACCCUCUGGCUGCUCCUGAACCUGAGUCCAACAGACUCAGUCCAGCACAAAGCACUGAAAUCCCUAAACCCUGGAACCUGGGUGGUUAAUAAAACUAACCACUGAGGGUGGUGAUAAGGUGAAAUUAAUAUAAGGUGAUAUUAAAAUCAAAGACAAAAUUAAAAUCUGAAAGUUUUUCUAAAAGCUCAAGUUAAAGUUACAUAAAAGUUGAAGUUAAGAGAAAAGUGAAAGUUAGAAAAUGAUGCAAAUAAGUUCAUACCACAUUCAUGAAGUUAAAGUUUCAAAGUUCAAGUUUGAAUAAAAGUUGAAGAUCAAAAUAAAGUUCAAGUUUAAAGCAAAUUUUAAGCUCAAAAAUCAAGUGGAAGAAGAAAAUACAUUUCAGUUUCAAAACAAAUUUGAUGUUUGAAACAAAGUUUUAAAACUUUGAGUUUAAAUCAAUACAAAGUUGAGGUUUCAAUUAUGAGUCAAAAGUUUCAAUCAAAAUUUGAGUUUAAAUCAAAUGCAAAGUUAAAGUUUUAAUCAAAGUUGAAUUUACAAUUACAGUUCAAUAAAAAAUAAAGUUAGGUUUAAAACUAAGGCUGUUGUUUAAAGUUUAACAUUGAAAUCUGAACCCAAAAUAAAGUUUAAGUAGAAGUUUAAACUAAAAUAUUUUUUAGUUACAACCAGAGUUGAAUUUCCCCUCAGAGAAAAAAUCCGGUUCUUCUUUUCUUAUCUUAUCUCAUCUAUCUUACUUUGUUUAGUGUACAAACAGAUGUUGGGAGAUUAAACCACUGACCCAUUUUUCCUCCUGAUUGCUGUGCAGUAUUAAAAUAAACCAAUCUUCAAUCCCACUCCACAUUCUUGCCUUGUCACACCUGAGUUUUACCUGUGGCCUCUCGCAAGAGGCUGAAUCUCAGGUGAAUAAACACAGAGGGUGAUGUUGAAACGUUUCACCUGUAAACUCUUACCUGUCCUCUCUGAAAAGGUCAACGCCUUCCUGUCCUUCGUGGUUCCCAUGGUUGCCAUUUCUGUCCUGAAUGGGGUGAUAGCCAAUCAGCUGCUGUGGAUGUUUCGAGAGGCAGAGCAAGAAAACCGUGUCUGCAUCGUUGCAGGGAAUCCCACCGUCCUGAAUGUCACAGUAGAGCCGAACCGGGCACAGUCUCUCCGCCAUGGUGUGAUCGUUCUACGUGAGUGAAAGAUGGUUAUACACAGAAACACUUAUUAAAGACAUGCACUUAACAUACAAACACACACUCACACCUAUUACACUCAGAAAUACUUCAAACAGACACACACUAACAUCAAUGCAGUAAGAACAGCAAACAACACACACAUUAACUCUCUCUCUCUGCUUCUCUCUCUCCCUCCCUCUCCCGUGUGUUUAGGCGCUGUGGUCAUUGCCUUUGUGGUUUGUUGGCUGCCGUAUCACGCUCGCCGCCUCAUGUUCUGCUACAUCUCUGACUGGUCGGAGUGAGUACUGUUCACACACAGACACACGCACAUACACAACAUGCAGAUCUGUCCUUCAUCAUCGCGUGUCGUUUUUGUGGAGCAGCAGAUAGUAAUGGUGCACCUGUUCCCAGCUUGUUGUGAAAAACUGUGUGCUGCUUCACUGGUUCUCAUUAGAGUCUCAUUGAUCCCAGUAAACAGACCGUCCCCUUUUCCAUCACAGAUACAGAGCAGAGAACUGUCAGUACAUUUAAUGAAAAGGUCAUGUUCAAUACAUCCCCUUCUACCUGCUGCACACACACACACAUACACACACGCACACAUUCACAGCGGGUGUGUGUGUGUGUACGUGUGUGCAGCCUGGCCUGGGUCUGUAGUUUCUGCCAGGUGCAGUGUUGGUUUUUGGCCCAUAAAAGCACCCUGUUGGUUUUCAUAGGUAACUGUCUAACAUCCAGAUAGAUUUAGAAAACGCUGAAUAUUAUCCGUCAAAUGUUUUAUAGAUUUUGGAGCGCUCCUAACUUACUUUAACUGAACUUAAGUGACAUUUACUUGCAUUAACCUUUAUCAACAUAUGUUUGCUGACAUUAACUGGCAUGAGGCUUUUUUUCUUGAUCAGUAAUCAGUCACCUGAGGGCUCCAUGAGUCUAACAUGUUAAAUAUAAUAAUGCAUCAGAUUUCAUAUAGCACUUUAUCAGAGACCCUCAAAGCUCUUUACAUUGGAUAAAUCAUUCAUUCGCUCACACAGUCACACCGUGGUGAUGGUGGUAAACUACCUUAGUAGUCACAGCUGCCCUGGUGCAGACUGAUUGAAAUGUGACUGCCAGUUUGCGCCCAUGGCCCCUCUGACCGCCACCAUCACACAACACUCACAAUCAUACACCAGUGGAGGACACACACUAGGAGCAAGAUGGGUUAAGUGUCUUGCCCAAGGAAACAAUGGACAGACUAGGGUAGGGGGGGAAUCAAACCACCAACGCUCCAGUCAUUGGACGACCGCUCUUCCUCCUGAGCUCCUGCUGCCAUAAUAAUAAGUGUGUGAGGUAGGGCUGUCCCUAUACGAUAUUGAUUUCGGAUAUUGGUCUGAUAUCAGCCAAAAAACAAAUAUCAGAUUACAUCAGCCUGCAUCUAAAAUCUCCAAUAUCAGCACUCCGAUACAAGCAAAGUCAAAAAAAGACAUUGCAGCUGAGUGCAAAACUUGUUAUGCACAAGUUUGUGCCAAUAUCAAUAUCGGUAUCAGUCGAUACUGAUGGCUACAAUAUGAGUAUUGUAUCGGGACACCCCCAGUGUUAGAAUGGAACAUAUUCAUAACGUUGUUUAUUUUUCUAUUUUUACUGUGAUGUGUCACGCCAUCCGUCUCUCUCUUUGUAGCGACCUGUACGACUUUUAUCACUACUUCUACAUGGUGACGAACGUCCUGUUCUACGUCAGCUCAGCCAUCAAUCCCAUCCUUUACAAUCUGGUUUCGGCAAACUACCGGCAGAUCUUCUUCUCCACGCUCAGAUACAUCUGUCUGCCCUGCCAGCGUUCACCUAGAGGCCACGCCCACCCACUGACACGCCAUUCUAUCAGCAUCUCCAGCAACCACACCCUGUCCACCAGCGUGGUCAAGGAGACGGCAUACUGAUGGAAAUAAAGUGUGUAGUUCUUGUUAUGCCUACUGUGAGUCCAGGUGAGCUCACCUGAGACACUCUGGGACUCGUCUUAACACACUUUAGGACGGCUGAUGUUCAGUGUUGUGUCUUUAGUUAAAAAAAAAAGGAUGUAAAAAUGAAAUGUUCAAAGUGACGUGUUAAUGUUUACUCAGAAUGUUUUGAGUGUUUCUAUUGGACGUCUGUCUGGUGCUGUUUACUGGCUGUUUACGGACUGUUUGUGUUUUUUAACUAUUAUUGUUUAAAACCACCAAAGUGUUAAAAACCUCCACCUCAGCUGAUCUGGUGUCCCUGUUGUCAUGGUAACAUAUGGUUACACCUGGUAAAAUGACUGAAAAUAUCUGUAACACGAUCUGCCCUCUCUUCCUACCUCCCUCUCCCAGCUGUGUCCUGGGUUUUCCUCAUCUAGACUGAAGCUUUCAUAUCAUGAUCUAUGAUCUGAACUCUGGGUCUGUGUUUCAGUAGUGUUUGUAGUUCUCAUAGUAUCGACCAAUCAGGAGUCUGUAGGAAAAAAAACAGCUUGUAUGGAGAGUAAAAGCAGGAGGAACACAGACCACCAUAAUGAGACUUAUCUGCUGUGUAAAGCAGCUUUUGGAAAACAUCAGCUGACUAAUGAGAUCACAGAGACACAGGUAAAUCCACACAGGAAACGCCUAAGAAAUUGAAUAUCUGUAUAAAAGUUUGAAGUUAAACUGCUGAAUGAAUCAGAAAUAUAGAGAGGAUCAUCAUGCUUAGCUAGCCGACAUUUAUAAUCCUGGGGUUAAAUACUGAUCACUCUUCAGGGGGCCUGAUCACAGCUCCUGUUUGAUUGCUUCAGUCUGAAUGCCAGGUAUUGAACAACAUAUUUUUAUUUACCUUUUUUUAGCCUUGCUGCUUUUUUUUCUGUUUCUCUGAAGCAUCUGUCAGCAUAGUGAAUUAUUUUUUGUUUCCAUGAAAGUAAUGUCCAUUAUUUGUCGCUAGUUGUAAUUGUUAUACUUUGAGUGAACUCGCUGAAUGUUGGUUUAGAGUUGUACCUGUAAAUAUCUGUGAGAACAGUAAAUACCUGCAUGAUAACAGGAUUGAAAGUGAACGCCGGUGUCUUAAUGUAAACUAAUUGGUUUGACUUGUUGUGUGUCAGUAUUUUGUAAGUACAGGUGUGUUCAUAGUGAGAAGGUGGUUUUCCAUAACUGUGUACAUUUUCAUUUCUUCACAGGUUUGUGAAAGUUUUGAUGUUUAUUAGAAAAUAUUAAAUUUCUGUAAAGUUUUGACAUAUUUAUACAAAUUUUAUGUCAUGUUCAUAUUUGAUUUUCAAGAGAAACGGAUUAUUAUUUUUUUAUUUGCUUGCUUUCUGCUCAUCAGCUUUAAACGAAGCAAAGGCUCAUGGGAAUGUCACCACAAUAAAAAAGUAAAACCUAAGGUGAA